ACGACCAUUUCAGUGUUGUGAUCCUAAUCAACGUUACGAAUCGGAAAAAGUCGUAAGGCUAGUGGACAUUUUUCCGGUUUGUGCACAUAAGGUUCUAAGAAGUCCUAAACGUGAAUAGAAGAGAUCGGUGGUGAUGCCUACGGGUCGGAAAGACAUCUGACCUGGCAGUAAGUAGCAAGCAUCACCGCUUCCAUUUUAUCCUGGCCUGCUCUAUGCGUGUGUGAGUUAGCAAUUCACUUGUGACUCCACGGAACUAUUGUUACCGACUGUCGCUGACGGAACUAUUGUUGCGUCUCAAAUUUCCGGUGACUCACGCUUCGUUGAUACUACUCAUUGAAUGCGUCCCAUGGAAUGGUAAUCGCAACCUGCCUACUCUAGAAAGAACUAUUCUCCGAUCCGAAGGGGCAGAUGACUCCGAAAUAGGCAUCUCGCCACAAAAACUCGGAGGGUACGCACUAUAUGGUGGGAUAGCGUGCCUUGAGCAAUGCAUCCCCCACUGCGUACUAUUAAGACGCUGACAGAGUGGUAAGUGCCUUCCGUCGUCGCGCAAGGGACACUGGCAAUCUGCAUGAGGCCGCUUGGUGAAACACAUUUCUCUCGCCUGCGAUUCAUACUGCUAAAAAAAACAUAUUUCUCCCACGAAACUGCUUCUUUCCAAUUAUGAGGACGACUGGGUGAAUGCACUUGGAAGACUGUUUUUUCGAAGGAUUGUGAGAGCUCAUGAACCACAUUCCAUCCACUCCGUUACAAAUUCACAUACGGAUUACGACCCUCCCGACCUAAUGCGUCCACUCGAUUACUGAAACACAUAACCUCGAAAGUUUGGAUUUUCCACUACCACAUCAGAAUUGUAUCUUGGUGCGGCCGCUGAAAACCAGUUUUGCCAGAAUUGUCAAACAAAGUUCAUCUGCUCGAAAGGGCUUUGCGUUUUCUCCAUCCAUUGUUCUUCAGCUCGUCUGAAGCUUUACUCUAGCAUGACACCGAUAUUGUUCUGUCUCUUUUUAUUCUUCGAUUCAUUUUAUUUUCUAAUUUUUCGCAUUAGGCUGUCCACUGAGGCGGAUAUGUCGUCGUAUAGGAAAAUCAAAAAUGAGCUUGAAGCAUACCGCAUGAACAAAACACAAAACGCCGAUAUUAACCUUGUUGAACAACAUAAGGGUAUCUGCAAUGUUGAUUUGCUCCAGGUGAAUGAAUCAAUCACACAAGGUGAAUCCACUCAUGAGCCAAAUAAGCCGACAUCUGCCAUUCGCCAAGUACUCUUCUCCUGUAAAUUCCAAUUCAUCGUCACAUUUUUGUUGUGGAUUGCGGCCGUUCAAAUUGGAUUUGGUGCCGUUUGGUUUGUCUUAGCCGCGCUGUACUGGAUCUGGGUGUGGGGCACAAACAAAUCCACGCGGUCCCACGUGCCUGGCGAAUCGAUUGUGUCCGCUGGUUUUUAUUUCGACACUUCGCCUUUCCCUUUGCACGCCGAAAGGUGAAUUGGAUUGGUCACACUGUCUGAUGCCACUAUUUGUCUUUCAUAUUUUAUUAUUUCAUCUCCUUCCAAACUGUGGUACCCUUGUGUGUCAUUUGGUGCUGAAUGGAUCAUUUCACACUAUGACCUCUUAAUUUUUUGAGUGUGUGGCAAUAAAAUGUCAGUUAUCGUGGUCGGUGCAUCUCGUUUUUCUGUCUAAAAGCCAUUGGAUUACACAAAGGACAAGUAUCAUCCCUUAGAAAAGAUGUUUCUUACAUUCCCUCUCCCAGUCCGAAGUUUGCGUGUUUACCAAUUCGUGCCAUUUUUAUCACGAAUAUUUGUGGUUUGUUCUGUAACAUUCA